CUCUCAACUCUCAAAUACCCUCCCCACCCCACUCCUGAGGAAUCCCACGGCCAAGACCAGCAGUGUCUUACCUACCUAGGUACCUCCUAACCAUGGUCUCCGCGACUUCUCUCCUGGCCGCCGCCGCCGCUCUCCUCGGCGCCCAAACCGCGCAGGCCGCCACGGCGGUCGACCCCUCGCGGUGCCAGUGCUACCUGACGAACGGGACGUCGCCGGCGUACUUCGCGCACUACAAGUUCUUCGACUUCCGGAACAUCGCGAACCCGCGCGUGCCGGCGGCCAUCAACAACCGCGCGCAGGCGCUCGCGGCGCCGGUGACGCACGCCUACUUCAACACGACCAACUUCACCAGCACCUGGUCGAUCCAGGCCUGGACCGACAGCGGCGCCGUCUUCAACGAGUACUCCAAGAACGACGUCUACAUCGAGGCCAACACCGACUCCGUCCCCAACUCCAAGACCUGGCUCUCCCUCCGCACCUACCGCCACCCGGCCAGCAACGGCAACUUCCAGUCCUCGGCCGAGCUGCAGAGCAUCAGCUCCUCGUACCAGUACGUCUCGAUGCGCAUGUAUGCGCGCACGAAGGGCGCCCCCGGCGCCGUGACCGCCAUGUUCACGUACCGGGACGCGGCCUCGGAGGCGAACGUGCAGGAGGCCGACACCGAGUUCCUGACGUCCGACGCCACCACGCAGGUGCACUACACGAACCAGCCGGCGACGGUGAGCGGGGUGUCGCGGCCGAACGCGACGAAGGAGGUCAAGAUCUCCGGCUCAUGGUCGAACUGGCGCGUGCACCGGUACGACUGGACGCCGGGCAAGAGCGACUGGUACGUCGACGGCGCGCACGUCGCGCAGAUCACGUACCAGGCGCCGGUGGACCCGACCACGCUCCUCUUCAACGCGUGGUCCGACGGCGGCAGCUGGAGCGGCACGAUGGCGAGCGGCCAGAGCGCGAACCUGCAGAUCCAGUGGAUCGAGCUGAUCUACAACAACACGGCCGAGCCCUCGAGCUACAAGCAGUGCGCGGCCGCCAACAUCUGCAGCUUCGACCUAGGCACCGCGGCCGGCGUCCCGGCGCUGAGUUCGGCUCAUUGAAUCCCGGUAGAGGGGUGGAUCUUGAAUCUGCUCCUCGCCCUGUUAGUCUCCUUGUCGCUCUACUAUUGAGCUCAAAGAAUCUCUUGGGUGGUUAUCUCGGUAUGAAAGCUGGAUGGAAUAUGGUAUGUGUGUAUGACUAUUGAUGUCGGAACGGUCUAUGGUAUAUAGAAGUGUAGUAAGCGUGCGUCAUGC